GCCGCUUUUCCACAGACCGCAGUCAAGCGAGCCGGCAGCCGCGAGCUUAACGAGUCACGAGCAGAGCGGCGCACGCCGGGUCCGAGAAGCCCGUUCUGCCCAGCACGCCGCAUAAACGUGACAGCGGAGCGGCGCACGUGACCGGCAGUGGACCAAUCCCGCGCGGAAGGGGCGCAGACGUACGCGCCGACGACCGGCUGCUGCCGAGCACGCGCAGUAGCGGCACCUCUUAUGAAACCUGAAGAGCGCGGCGGAGACGGCAGCGCGUGAGUGCGACACCGCCGCCGAGCCGAGCUGAAGCGAAGUGAAGCGAAGCGAGCGCAACCCGGGCGACGAUGACAUUUCCAGCGGGGAUGACAUAGAAAGCACCCCGGGAAACAGCUCAGAUCAUCAUGGCUCCAAACUCCAUCCACUGGUUCCGGAAGGGUCUGCGUCUCCAUGACAACCCUGCGCUGCGCGAGGCUGUGCGGGGGGCGGCCACCGUGCGCUGCGUCUACUUCCUGGACCCCUGGUUUGCGGGCUCCUCCAACCUCGGGGUCAACAGAUGGAGGUUCCUUUUGCAGUGCCUGGAAGAUCUCGAUGCCAGCCUCCGCAAACUCAAUUCCCGCCUCUUUGUCAUCCGUGGGCAGCCAGCCAACGUUUUCCCCCGUCUCUUCAAGGAGUGGAAGAUCUCACGGCUGACCUUCGAGUAUGACUCCGAGCCCUUUGGUAAAGAGCGGGAUGCAGCCAUCAAGAAGCUAGCCACGGAGGCUGGGGUGGAGGUCAUUGUUAAGAUCUCACACACCCUCUAUGACCUGGACAGGAUCAUCGAGCUGAACGGUGGGCAGCCUCCCCUCACCUACAAGCGCUUCCAGACACUGAUAAGCCGCAUGGACCCCCCAGAGCUACCGGUGGAGCCACUGUCAGAGGCCUUCAUGGGGACCUGCAUCACACCUGUGUCCGAUGACCACGGGGACAAGUAUGGAGUGCCAUCGCUGGAGGAGCUCGGAUUUGAUACAGAAGGCCUUCCGUCAGCAGUGUGGCCGGGAGGCGAGACGGAGGCUCUGACACGCAUAGAGAGGCAUCUGGAGAGGAAGGCAUGGGUUGCCAACUUUGAGAGGCCUCGGAUGAACGCCAAUUCGCUGCUAGCAAGCCCCACUGGGCUGAGUCCCUACCUGCGCUUUGGCUGCCUGUCCUGCCGUCUGUUCUACUUCAAGCUGACUGACCUGUACAGGAAGGUGAAGAAGAACAGCUCUCCUCCACUUUCGCUAUACGGGCAGCUACUGUGGAGGGAGUUUUUCUACACGGCGGCAACCAACAACCCACGCUUCGACAAGAUGGAGGGCAACCCCAUCUGUGUGCGCAUCCCAUGGGACCGGAACCCUGAGGCACUGGCUAAGUGGGCUGAGGCCAAGACGGGCUUCCCAUGGAUUGAUGCCAUCAUGACACAGCUAAGGCAGGAGGGCUGGAUUCAUCAUCUGGCUCGGCAUGCUGUGGCCUGCUUCCUUACCCGAGGAGACCUGUGGAUCAGUUGGGAGGAGGGAAUGAAGGUUUUUGAAGAGCUGUUGCUGGAUGCGGACUGGAGUGUGAACGCAGGCAGCUGGAUGUGGCUGUCCUGUAGCUCUUUCUUCCAGCAGUUCUUCCACUGCUACUGCCCAGUGGGCUUUGGCCGCCGCACCGACCCCAAUGGCGACUUCAUCAGACGAUAUUUACCUGUUCUCCGAGGUUUCCCUGCAAAGUACAUCUACGACCCCUGGAACGCCCCAGACUCUGUGCAGGCAGCUGCCAAGUGCAUCGUCGGUAUCCACUACCCCCGACCCAUGGUCAACCACGCUGAGGCCAGUCGGCUGAAUAUCGAGAGGAUGAAGCAGAUCUACCAGCAACUUUCACGCUACAGGGGACUUGGCCUGUUGGCUUCAGUGCCGUCCAAUGGAAACGGGAAUGGGGGCAUGAUGGCAUAUUCUCCAGGGGAGCAACAGCCUGCAACCACCACAUCUGCCUCUUCUGCAUCCCAUGGAACAGGCACUGCUGGGGGCUCUGUCACCAACGGCAAUGGCAGCGGCAGCAUCCUACUUAACUUUGAUAGAGAGGACCAUCCAGGACCGAGCGGAAUGCAGCAGCAUGGCUACCACACUGCAUCAGACCCAGGGAAAGGCAUGGCACGGCUCUAUCAGGCUUGCAGUUCACAUGAGUUUGCUGUGCCACAACACCCAGGCCGCCUCGGUCACAACGCUGGCAAGAGGGAGCGGGAGUCGGAACGGGAGACUGCGGGGGACACAGAAACACACUCGUCACACAAGGUGCAGCGGCACAGCUCAGAGAAGAGCUAGGAGGGACAACACUGUGUCUUAAUCAUUUUACCUGCUGAAAAGCUGAACGUCAAAGACAAUAACAUCAAGAAGAUCUACUGUUUUAAAAUGUUUUCACCAGAAUACUGUUCAACUUUUUUUUUUUUUUUUUUUUUUUUUUAAAAAGAGUUUGACCCUUAUCUGAAAAUAAUUGGCAAAUAUUGACAAUUGGAAAACUAAUGUUGUUUCGAGACCCCGGGAUUAAAAGGUGAAAAUGUGACUUGGUUAAGCUUUCAGUUUUGGGGUGAAAUGGCCAGGGCUGUUGUAAGAAAUGAACCGUCAGGACAAUAGCUUCCUCCGAGAAGCUGUGCACAGCAAUCCAAACAGAAUCCUGCUCUCAAUGCCCAGUUCUUCAACCUCGGCCUUAAAUGCAGGAGUAAAAUUUGACGGCAGCUGUUUGGGGCGUAAAAUAGAAAACAGGGUACAUCUUUUCAGGCAACUUGGAAAGGAGAGGGCGAGCAGAUAACCUUAAGAGUAGGUGAUCUCAACCUUUUUCAACAUCUACAUGUAUUCCUUUAGAAGGUUCUUCUCUAGUGUCUGUCCAGGUCUGUAAUAUCUGUUUGACUUGCUGGGGUCCUGCUGUCCAGAAUCCCAGAGUGUUUUAUCAAAAGUGAUCACCAGCUCCUACGUUCACCAGCUUGUGUUGCGCCUGAUCCUGUUCCAUUCUUUAAAGGCUAAUACCUGGACAGGUGUCUAGCGUAUGCAUUUUACAAAACGGCAGCUAUUGGUGUGCAGCUCCAUGCAAGGUUUUUUCUUUUUUCCACCCCUUCAUCUGCAUUCCAUAGUGAAAACAGCUUGGAAGAUGAAGUUGUUGCCAUCAGGAUUUCCAUCUGCUUUGAAUAAGAAGUCAUUGAAUGUGACCUCCCAUCAGGGUUGCAUUAGAUAUCUAAUGCCUGUCCACUCACGGUGCAAAGGCUGUUUUUUGUACAUAAAUUUGUUUGUAUAAAAAUUUGUACAUAUAUAUAUUUUAUUACUGUGUUUGUAACUUUGUAAGCUGAUAAAUUUGCAUCUCGUUCUUCAGAAAGAUGUAGGAGUGCAGGUUGGGAUUAAACAACCGUAAAAAUUAGUUUAAAACAUUUCCUCAAAGAUUUCUGCAAGCAGUGGACAGUAUUGUGGAAAGUACUAUUUGACCCCAGUCCAUCCUUCCCUACUCAUAGUGAACAGUGCACAGAGAGGUCUUUUCGCUGUGUUGCCCAUACUAUGGAUACUGUGAAUACACAGCUGGCCAUGUCAAAUCUGAAAGCUGGCUAGGUUUUUCUCUCCUGUAACUUUACAUACAUAGGCAUCCGAUCUAAAGUAUGUGUUUAAAACCAUCCAGAAGUAUCUGCAUGGGCGUUAAACAAAAUAAUGUGGGAAGAUCUUUAAAAAAAAAAACUACGUGGUUCCAAGCGUUGGAGUUAAGAGGUCGAUUUUGGUGGAGAUUACUGUAUUCUGAGUAGUGGUCUGGGACUGACAGUGGCUCCCCCAGGUGGUCACCAAGGGUUAAGAAAAAGCUUUACUUUCAAUUAUUAAGUCUGACUAAAGGUUAUCUGGAAGCAGUUUUCAUUUUACCCCAUCCAAACUUAGUCACACAUUUUCACCUCUUCUUUCCAAAGGGUGUCUUUCGUUUUCUUAGUAAAAUUGUAGAAAAAUCUUGAAUAUUGGAGACGUUGGUAUCGGUAGAAAAACACUAAUGUGUCUUUACAUGUCACUCGGACCUCAGCAAGAUACUUGUGCAUAAAAUGAAUAUUACUGUAGAUGAUAAAGCUGAGCAAUGGACAAGUACAGCAAAAUCCUCUGCAUUUUUAUAACUUUUUAAUAAAACAUAAAAGACAAAAAUGUGGGUUAAGUCAAAGAAAUGCUCAGCCCUUUUAUGCCAUUAGUCAAAAAUGCAUCACUGGGUAAAGUUUGUAUGUUAAUGAAGUCUAUUUUAGCACAACAGCUCUGUUCUGCUUUGUUGCCCUUGACAACAAAAAAAUCAAAACAUUCCUAAUGGUCCAAAUGCUUGUAAAUUAUACCUCACAAGUGGAAUCAAUAGUUGAGAUCCACGCAUGCAUAAGGAAGCUGUACACUGCUUGUAUAGAUUAACAGCAGAACUUCUGACUUUGUAUUUGCUUAAAGAACUGUAUAAGAUUUCUCACUUCCCAGAUUGAAACGGCUCAAUGCCAGUUUUAAAGUGGAACCUGGCUCUGUUCAUAUGCCACCAGGUACUUGUUUUUGUUACAGUUGAUGACUCAUGAACAAUAUGAAAUGGAACAAAGAUAGGCUUCUCAAUCUAGCUUCUUAGAUGUGAAUGUUUUUGUGAAAAUUUAUAAUUGGACGUAGAAUCUAAAUUUAAUCUCAAUUUUUUAAAUAUAAGAUUAUUCACAUUACUUUGCCCUAAUUCUUCAGGAACAGAAAGCCUGGUUUGUUUCGAAUUGUGGUUUCGGAAGGGUUUUGUUUUGGCUGGAACAAGUUGGCAUGUUCUCCUCCUUUUCUUUUUGUACCUUGCAACCUGAGAAGAAAAGAAUUUAAAAAAAAAAAAAAAAAAAAAAGUGACAUGGAUGGCUCACACUGAUGUGCUAUUAUCAUUCUGGCCAAAAUUGCCCCAAUUUUAGUCCCUACCCUCAGAAGUGAACAGCUGGCAAUCCCACCGAAGCCACAGCCAGUGCGGAGAAAAAAAUCACGACCAUCUUGGGUCUUGCCAUCCCCACCCAAAAUAUUUGUAACUGGAAAUCUGCCCGAGACUUAAUCAAAGUAAAUUACUUUUUCCAAAGAGGUAUUACUAACAAGUCAGCAGUAAAGAGUGGUUUACUGAAAAGAUGGCAUUUUUUUCUUGUGUCCACAGAUGUAUUUUUCUCUGCAUUUUGGAGUUUGUACAGCUGUUGGUGUUAGUUGGGGGGAAGGGAAUGUCACAGAAGAAUGUUUUUGAGCUUUUUUUGUAGAGCAAUGCCUGUUGUGUUAAUGAGGCUAUUCAUUGUAGUUGUACUUUUGUUUGCAAUAUAUAAAUAUAAGCCUGCUAGAUUUUUCUUUCUUCUCACUUUCAUUAUAAAUUCUUUGUUUGGAGAAGUAAACACAAAGCAAAUUACUCUAUGUAGAUGUACUGUCUAUUGCUGAUCUAGUUUGUGAAUUGUUGUAUUUGUGCUUAAUCAAAAUGGCAACCCAAAUAAAACCAUUGAAACUUGA